AUGAACUAUUCUCUUGAAAAUCUGUGCCCUUCGUCUGUCGACGCUUCUUUCGGACCCUUUGUUGGCCCUGAAUGUCGCGAUGGCUUCGACUUUACUCUCGUCUUUGAGCAAUCCAUUCUCGUGCUGUUUCCAGCCGCUCUUCUUCUCAUCCUCGCUCCUAUUCGUCUUUUUCGUCUUCGGAAUGUCUCCGUCAAAGUCACUGGCCACCGUCUUCGCACUGUCAAAUUGGCGUUGAUCGCUCUUUUGGCCGUGCUUCAUCUCGUGCUCCUUGUGCUCUGGACUACGCGCCCUUCUAAUUCGCGUCUAGAUCGCGUCUCUGUCGCUGCUGCAUGUGUAUCCUUUGCCUCAAGCUUGAUGUCCUGUGUCCUCUCUCGUGUCGAACAUGCCAAAUCUCCUCGUCCAUCUUCUCUCUUGACUCUGUUUCUCGCCGUGUCUUUGCUCCUUGAUGUCGCCCUCCUUCGUACCCUCUGGUUGAUUCCCGUGAGCUCCGCCAUUCCAGCUGUCUUCACAGCGGCCUUUGCUCUGAAAGCGAUUAUUGUCGUUCUUGAAGGGUGGAGCAAAGCCUCGUAUCUUGUCGCCGGCUCCGGGCCCCUUUCUCCCGAAGUCACGGCCGGACUGUACGCCCGAGCCGUCUUUGCGUGGGUGACUCCAUUGCUGUUGACGGGAUUUCGAAAGCUUUUACGGCCGAUGGAUCUGUUUGAGUUGGACGAGGAGAUGGGCUCGGCGAGACUGAUCGACGGGCUUUGGAGGCAUUGGCAUACUCAGAAAGCCCCGGCUCGCAAAAACCGGCUGAUCUUAUGUUGCGUCAUGACAUUGCGAUGGUCUAUCAUCACUGUUGUUCUUCCUCGACUGGCGCUUCUGGCAUUCACUAUAUGCCAACCACUCAUUCUCAACCGACUGCUGGUAUUCCUCGACGAUACUUCUCAGUCUAUCAAUGUUGGUUACGGUAUCAUCACAGCCUACGGUCUUGUUUACUCUGGCAUUGCUCUCUCACAAGCCCUUUAUUGGCACCGCAAUGCUCGAUCUGUCACACUGUUGCGCGGAAUGUUGGUGUCUGCCGUGUUCUCCAAGGCCACCGAUCUGAGCAUCACGAUAACAGACGACUCAGCGGCGGUGACGCUCAUGUCCUCUGAUGUCGAUGUUAUUGUGAGGGCAGUCAGAGAGAUCCACGAGUUCUGGGCAAACAUCAUACAACUUGCCAUAGCUACUUGGCUGCUGAGCACUCACAUAGGCUAUGCUGCCGUAGGUCCCAUCAUAGUGUCGCUCGUGGCACUCAUUGCAACGGUUCUCGUUUCACCUCUGGCACGCAAGUAUCAGAUCUCUUGGCUAGACAAGACACAGAAACGAGUUGGUAUAACUUCUGCCAUGAUUGGACACAUCAAGAGCAUCAAAUGUUCAGGCCUAGCUCAAAACCUAUCUGACACAAUCCUCAACCUCCGAGCAGAUGAGAUCAAAGCCUCGAGACCAUUUAGGAUUGUCAGCAGUGUCACGUCCGCAAUUGCUCAAGUCCCAUUACUCCUGUCUCCUGUUGCGGCAUUUGCUCUCUUCCAAGGGGCUGCCUCGGUUUCCGGCGAGACUCUUGAUGCUACUAGACUUUUCUCCGCUCUAUCCCUGAUCAUUCUCCUGGCACAACCACUUUUCUUUAUGUUUGAGGUAAUUCUUGACAUGAGUGCUGCUUUAGGCGCUUUUGAAAGAAUACAAACAUUCUUAACUCAAGACUCUCGAAGAGAUUCUCGCCAACAAGAAUCAGUUGUGGAGUUGAACGGACCUGAUCAAGGAAACAGAGACUCUAUCGAGUUAGGAAUCCUGAGGGAACCCUCAUUGACAUCUACAGCAAACUCUAGUAUGAGAGAAGUUGUUAUUCAAGUCUCCGACGCCGACAUCGCGUGGUCAGAGGAUCGUGUCAUUCUUCGAGACUUGUCAUUUACCCUGGGCCGCAAUCAACUUGUCCUACUUCUCGGCCCAGUAGCGAGUGGCAAAACCACUCUACUGAAAGCACUUCUCGGAGAAGUUCCCAAUAUAACUGGAUCAAUUGACGUUCAUAGUAAGGGGAUUGCCUGGUGUGAGCAAAGUCCUUGGCUCCUGAACCGGACAAUUCGUGAAAACAUCAUCGGCUACUCACGCUUCGACCUUGUUCUAUAUCAAGCUGUUGUUAAAGCCUGUGAUCUAGAGAAGGACUUCAGACAACUUACCCAGGGUGAUAGCACCGUUAUAGGCAGCAAGGGGCUGGCCCUCAGCGGAGGCCAGAAGCAACGAGUUGCAUUGGCCAGGGCUGUCUAUUCAAAACCUCGGAUUGCUCUCUUCGAUGAUGUCUUCAGUGGGUUGGAUGGUCAGACUGCCCAUACUGUGUUCGAGAACCUCUUUGGCGAAUGUGGUUUGCUGAGGCAGUGGAAUACGACAACUGUUCUGGCGACUCGAUCGGUUGACUUUCUAUCGUCUGCUGACCAUAUUAUAUGUCUUAACAAGGAUGGGAAAAUCUCCGAGCAGGGCACAUUCUCUGAUCUCAAAGACACUGGUGGCUAUAUGCACUCCUUACUGAGGAACAGGGUUCAUGAGGGCGAAGCCCCAACACUUGCAACUGACGAUAUCAAAGAACAGGCCUCCAAGCUAGCACAAGCGACUCCAAGGCAACAGGCCAGUGAAGAAGAUACACGCAGACAACUUGGGGACUCGACUGUAUAUCGAUACUACUUCAGCAGCACUGGCGGUAUUUUUAUCAUAGUCCUUCUAGUACUCGAGAUCAUCUGGGCUUUUCUCGAAAGCUUCCCAACAAUUUGGCUGAAAUUAUGGACUGAUGACAAUACGAAGGGAAACGAUCAAGCGAGCUACUACCUUGGUAUCUAUGCCGCUCUUCAGGUUUGUCAUUGUCCUGGUAGCGGCAAAGUCUGGAAUAACCCUGCACAAGAGACUGUUAUCCACGGUAGUCAGGGCACCUUUGUCUCUCUUUACCACGACGGACCUGGGGUCAAUCACAACACGGAUGUAGGGAUGGUGGACAACCACCUCCCUCUUGGUCUCGUUGUGAGUCUCGCCAGUUUCUUCGGCGCUAUCGCCAAAGCCGGCCUCCUCGCCUCUUCCAACCCCUAUAUAGCGGCUACAUUCCCUCUGCUAGGAGCUGUCUAUUUCUAUCUUCAACGUGGCUAUCUUCGUACGUCUCGUCAGCUCCGUCUGCUCGAUCUCGAGGAAAAGGCCCCUCUAUAUACCCAAUUCCUCGAAACACUCUCCGGCCUAGCAACCAUACGAGCCUUCGGAUGGAGAGAUGCAGUGAUUGAGGCCAACCACACUCUCGUAGAUCGCUCACAGAGGCCUUUCUAUCUCCUCAUGAUCGUCCAGCGUUGGCUUGUCCUCGUCCUCGACCUGACCACCGCAGCCCUGGCUCUUCUUCUCGUUGGUCUCGCGCUAAUCUCGUUAAGUGAGACCGUGAACAUGCUUAUCCAGUUCUGGACUUCUAUCGAGACAUCCAUUGGUGCUGUAGCUCGCAUUAAGCAAUUCGCUGAGGAGACUGGCGAGGAGAACUUACCAGGAGAGACACACCAACCACCAGCCCAGUGGCCUGAUAAAGGGGCUAUACAGAUCAACAACUUGACUGCAUCGUAUGGUGAUAGAGACGGAGAAGUUAUUGCAGCUCUUGAUGCAGUCAGUUUGGAGAUCAAGGGAGGGGAGAAGGUAGGUAUUUGCGGUCGCACAGGAAGUAUAAUUAUCGAUGGGAUCUCUCUAUCUUCUGUUCCUCGAGAAACGAUCCGCAGUCGUCUCAUCACUCUGACGCAAGACCAGUUCGUACUCCCUGGCACGGUUCGACACAACGUUGACCCGCUUGGUAUCUACUCCGACGUGAAAAUCAAAGAGGCACUUCGUCUCGUUGAAUUUGUGGACCAAAAGACAGAAGAGACCAUCAAGGCCGUCAUCGAGAGCGAGUUCAAGGACCACACCGUCGUGUUUAUCACCCACCGUCUGGAUACGAUCGUUGAUUUUGACCGCGUAAUUGUGAUGGACAAGGGAUGCGUCGUCGAGCUCGGUGAACCAAACAGCCUCCUUGCAUCAGGCGCCAAGUUCAAAGCUCUCUGGGCAACCGGACAUCGAUCCGGAGAAUAA